UUUUAUCCACAGGACAGUCGGCUCAAUAUUCAACUUUAGAGCUACUUUUUUUGGGCGAGUGCUUGGUCGCGUCCCCUUUAAGUGGUGUUGGGUGUAGGCUGUGAAACUCAAAGGGAAGCUGAAGAGUCAAACUGAAGGUUUGGUGAGGCUGGAGGGCUGGAUGUGGUCGUCAUGGUGAAGGAUGUUCCGGAAAGUCAAAAAGCGCCACAGCAGCAGCAGCUCACAAAGCAGUGAGAUCAGCACCAAAAGCAAAUCUGUGGACUCCAGUUUGGGAGGCCUCUCCAGAUCCAGCACUGUCGCCAGCCUCGACACAGACUCCACCAAGAGCUCAGGUAACAGCACGUCUGAAACAUGCGCUGAGUUUCGAGUGAAAUAUGUUGGAGCCAUUGAGAAGUUACAGUUUGACAUGAGCAAGACCCUCCAGGAGCCUCUGGACCUCAUCAACUAUAUAGAUGCUGCUCAGCAAGAUGGAAAGCUGCCCUUCGUGCCCGGAGACGAGGAGAUGAUCCUGGGAGUGUCAAAGUACGGAGUCAAAGUGGCCUCACUGGACCAGUGUGACGUGCUGCACCGACACCCUCUGUACCUGAUAGUGCGCAUGCUGUGUUACGAUGACGGCCUGGGCGCAGGGAAGAACCUCCUGGCUCUCAAAACCACCGAUGCAAAGCAAGAGGAGUGCAGCAUCUGGGUGUACCAGUGCAGCAGCUCGGAGCAGGCUCAGUCCAUCUGCAAGGUGCUGUCGGCUUCCUUUGACUGCGCUCUGACAUCAGACAAGUCCUGAGAGCGGAGAGGACGACGGGAGCUGAGAUCUGUCCAGAAGAGAGAUGAAACAACUGCAAAACCAGCAACAGAAAAUCAGCGGAUUGCCAAAAACAGCAACCAUUUCCCUUUUCUCCAACUUUGCUUUGUUUAAGUGAGAUUAACUGGAGGUUAGUCUGAAGGAAAGCAUGAUUCAAGCCUUUGUACUGAUGGCAAAGUCACAUCCCGCUCAGUUUGUGACACACAGUAUCACCUUCCCAUCAUUCUCCAGUUGAGACAGAAUGACUGAAUUUGUCUGAAUCAUUUCCUUUGAGUCUUUCCCUUACCUCACAUGUUCCUUUGACCUUUCACAUGAAGUCAAAUGAGCAAAGUUCAGAAAAAAGGGAGAUGGUUGCAGAAUGUAAAUCAUAUUCAGUGCAAAUAAUGGUAGAACAUGGUACAUAACCCAUCUCCACCCAGCUGUGUCAGCAUGUGACAACUCAUGGGAGACAUCCAUCAGUGGAGAAGCUACAUGGUACACUUAUUUGACCACAGUUUGUUUCUCUCAGCGUGGAAACCACUCAGAUCUCUUCUGAAAUGAAAUACUGGUACAACAGUAGUCACUUUUUGGAUUUGAAGGUACACAAAGAUGCUUUAACUGCCUGAGAGGAGUCUUACUUUUUUAAUUUGUGCGAUUUUACUCAGUUUUUUUACUUUUAUUGUAUCUUUUUAAAGUUCUUUAUACUGCAAGAUUCUUGGUACCAAAAGCUUGAUGUGUUUUCUGAUUUGGUAACUCCUUGUUUUUAUGUAGUGUUGAAAUAUAAAUUAAAUCCAUAUAUGGAUAUAUGGAGGAAAAAUGUGUUUACAGUCAUGGUACUUAACUUGACUUCACCUUGUACAUAAUAAUAGCCCAUUCCCCCUUUUUCCCUGUCCUCCUUUUCAACAUGGUCCUGUUAAGACUGAGUUUAAAAUGUGUCACAUGAAUUAAGAUAAAGAAUUUGAUCUGACAAUAAU